AUGCCGGAUUCAGCAUAUAUCUCCAACACUCAGACUCUCAAAAAGUACCUGAGCCUUGAGCAGUCGCCCAAGCGUAUCAUUGCUGAGUACAUCUGGAUCGAUGGUUCUAAUGGCUUGAGAUCCAAGUGCAAGACCAUUGACCGCACCGACGAGCAAGUCGCCAAGGGUCGCGUUGGUCUCGAUGAGCUGCCAGAGUGGAACUUUGACGGCUCGUCAACAGGCCAGGCCCCUGGCAACAACUCGGAUGUCUACCUUCGCCCCGUUGCCAUCUACGACGACCCCUUCCGCGGCAGACCCAACGUCCUCGUCAUGUGCGAGACCUGGAUGUCGGAUGGCAAGCCCAACGCCUUCAACUUCCGUCACGACGCUGCUCUCCUGAUGGAGGCCAACGCUGGCGAAGGCUUCUGGUUCGGUCUCGAGCAGGAGUACACCCUCCUCGAUGUCGACGGCUGGCCGUUCGGCUGGCCCAAGAACGGUUUCCCCGCUCCUCAGGGCCCUUACUACUGUGGUGUCGGCACCGGCAGAGUCUUCUGCCGUGAUCUCGUCGAGGCUCACUACAUGGCCUGUUUCUACGCCGGCAUCAACAUCUCCGGUACCAACGCCGAGGUCAUGCCCGCCCAGUGGGAGUACCAAGUCGGUCCUUGCACCGGCAUCAACCUUGGUGACGAGCUUUGGUUGUCCCGUUUCGUCCUCCACCGUGUCGCCGAAGACUUUGGUGUUAAGGUUACCCUCGCUCCCAAGCCCAUCCCUGGUGACUGGAACGGUGCUGGUCUCCACACCAACGUCUCAACAGAGGCCAUGCGCCAGGAAGGCGGUAUGAAAGUGAUCGAGGAGGCCAUGGAGAAGCUCGCCAAGCGUCACAAGGAGCACAUGGAUGUGUACGGUGAGGACAACGCCCUCCGCAUGACCGGCAAGCACGAGACAGCAUCGAUGGAGAAGUUCACCUGGGGCGUGGCCGACCGUGGCUCAAGUGUUCGUGUCAACCGUGCCGUGGCCGAGCAGGGCAAGGGAUACUUCGAGGACCGCAGACCCGCCUCGAACGCCGACCCUUACCAGAUCACCGGUAUCAUCGUCGAGACGUUGUGUGGCAAAACCGAGGGCGCCAAUGUGCACAAGACGGCCAUCAACGCCGAGCAGGUCGACCUCGAGAUGAUUGUGCCCGUCUCCAAGCCCUAG